AUGCAUGCAGAUACCCGGAUAUCCCCCGAUGAAGCACCGCCCAACACACGCAGCAUCCAAAUUCACGAUUGGGACGGAGAAGCGGACCAGAGCAACCCGCGCAACUGGUCUUUCCUGCGCAAGACCGCAUCCACAGUAAUUAUCUGCUGUAUCGGCUUCAACACAACACUUGGAGCAUCAAUCUACGCACCAGGCCACGAACAAGUCCAACAUGAAUUCAACGUCUCAACAACGGUAUCAUUGCUGCCGCUCUCGGCAUACUCUUUGGGGCUAGCAUUCGGGCCUAUGAUAUCAUCCCCAUGCUCAGAGACAUUCGGUCGCAAGUUCGUGUACCUGCUCACCGUGCCAAUAUUUGACAUCUUCAUGCUGGGCGCGGGUUUGUCGCAGAAUAUCGCCUCGCUGAUCAUCUGCCGCUUCCUAGCUGGCCUCUUUGCUGCCCCCGGCGUCUCUGUUGCAGCGGCUACUAUUGCAGACUUCACGGCCCCUUCGCGAAGAGUCUAUGCCCUGGCCGCGUAUUACACCAUCCCGUUCAUCGGGAGUGCCAUCGGUCCGCUGAUCGGUGGGUUCGCCGUUGAGCAAAAGGGGUGGCGUUGGACCUCGUGGGUGGUUCUUAUCAUCGCAGUGGUUGUUCAUCCACCUGCUCUCUUCCUGCGCGAGUCAUACAAGACUAUCAUUCUCGAGCGGAAAGCGAAGAAGCUCGGUGUUGAGGGUCCGCGUGAGUCUGGUAGUGCCGUCCAGCUGUUCCGGAAGUUCAUCACAUCUACUGUCAUCCGACCGUUUCAUAUGCUAGCGACGGAGCCAUUAGUCGGAUUCAUCUGCCUCUACACGGGAUUCCAGUUUGCACUGCUGUACACUUUUGUCGUCGCUAGUCCCUGGGUGUUUCGCACAGUGUACGGUUUCUCGCUUAGUGCCCAGGGCUUGUCUUUCCUCGGUCUAGUGGCGGGUUGUAUAGUCGCACCGUUUAUCCUCAUCUCAGUCGAUAUGAUCCUACAAAGAAAAAAGAGCCUCAGGCAAAGACAUUCCGCAAAUUACGCUCCAGAAGAAAGACUCUACACAGCACUAUAUGGGAGCCUCGUCCUCCCAAUAGCCCUAUUUUGGUUCGGCUGGACAGCAAGGCCAUCAAUCCACUGGAUCAGCCCCGUUAUCGCCGAGGGCGUCGCCCUUCUGGGGAGUAUUCUCAUCUACGUCCCAUGCAACUUUUACAUGCUUGACGUAUACGGAUCGAAGUACGGCGCGUCGGCUAGUGGCGCCUCAUCUUUGUCACGGUAUACGCUGUCAGCCGCAUUUCCACUUUUUGUGACGCAGAUGUAUGAGACGCUUGGUGUUGGUUGGGCGACUAGUGUGCUUGGAUUUGCAGCGCUGGUUAUGGCACCCAUUCCUUGGUUAUUUUAUUGGUUUGGGCCGAAAUUGAGGGCGAGGAGUGCCUAUGAGCAUGGGACGUGA